CCGAUCGUGCCGACAUGCUGCAGCUGCUCAGAACGACAUGGGCGCUAGGUCAACGAACUGGCGUUAGAAGCAUUGCCUGCCUGUCUUCCCUUUCAGAGACUCAUCAGAUUCUACAGAAGACAUGUCGCGAAUUUGCCAAUGCCGAAUUGGCACCUUCAGCCCGUCAUCAUGAUCGUGAAGAGCUUUUUCCCGCUGAGCAGAUAAAAAAACUAGGUGAACUUGGUCUGCUAGCAGUGACAGUAAAGGAGGAGUAUGGCGGUUCAGGUUUGGAUUAUCAGGCCUAUGCCAUUGGAAUGGAAGAGAUUGCUCGUGGCGAUGCAGCCGUUUCGGUAGUUAUGGGUGUAAACAAUUUGUAUGUGGGAACAGUUCAGCAGCAUGGCACGGAGGAACAGAAACAGAACUUUUUGGAGCCCUUCACCCAAGGCAAACAUAUUGCCUUUUAUGCUUUGUCAGAGCCGGGGAAUGGUUCCGAUGCCGGCGCAGCCAGCACCACUGCCAAAUUGAAUGAUGAAACGCAAACUUACCUGCUCAAUGGCACCAAAGCCUGGAUAUCAAACUCCAAGGAAGCCAGUGGAGGGCUUGUCUUUGCCACAAUAGACAAAACACUUCGACACAAAGGCAUCACCGCAUUUCUUACCCACAAAGAUGUCUACGGCCUGAGUGUUUCCAAGAAGGAAAAUAAAAUGGGUAUGCGAGCAAGCUCCACUUGCCAACUAGUCCUCGAAGAUGUCCAGGUGCCACAAAAUCAGAUUUUAUCAAUGCCUGGAAAUGGUUUUCGCAUAGCCAUGGAAUCUCUGGACUGUGGGCGAAUAGGCAUAGCUGCCCAGGCAACCGGCAUUGCUCAGGCUGCUCUGGAACUGGCUGUGGAUUAUUCCCAGAAGCGCCUGGCAUUUGGCAAACAAUUAUCCAAAAUGCAAAUGAUCCAACAAAAAUUGGCGGACAUGGCCUUGCGAGUGGAAACAUCCCGCCUUCUUACCUGGCGCGCAGCAUGGCUCAAGGACAAUGGGCUUCCAAUAACCAAGGAGGCUUCCAUGGCCAAGUUGCAUGCCUCCGAGGCGGCAACAUAUUGUGCCCACCAGUGUAUUCAGGUGCUGGGCGGGAUGGGCUACGUCACGGAUAUGCCGGCUGAAUUAUAUUAUCGAAAUGCCAGGGUAACUGAAAUUUAUGAAGGCACCUCAGAGAUUCAGCGCUUAGUCAUUGCUGGAUCCAUAAUCAAGGAAUAUGCUGUUUAAGCACCCAAAGAGCAUCGAAUUUUAAUUAUACAAAAAACUAUCACUAUAAUUUAACAUAGGAAAUAUAUAACAAGAGACAAACUAA